AAUUCUAGGAAGACAUGGGGAUGACAUAUGCUGAACUAAAUAUGUAUGGGCACUUGAGAAAGCAGAGUGGUUGUGGACCAUAUUCUAUGUUUUGUAAGCUCAUUCAUUUGUGGAAGGACAAACUUACACCAGCUGAGGUUGCAGAGAAAGUCAAGUUUUUCUUCCGUCAUUAUGCCAUUAAUCGUCAUAAAAUGACAGUUUUAACUCCAUCUUAUCAUGCUGAAAGCUACAGCCCUGAUGAUAACCGUUUUGACCACCGUCAGUUUCUUUACAAUGCCAAAUGGAAAUGGCAAUUUGACACUAUAGAUGUUCAGGUAACUUAACUGUGGUUUUCGUUAAAGCA